AUGCCAGCUGCCUUGUCACAUGCUGCCCUUGGGAGAGGCGCACGGGCUGAGGACAAGCUCCGGCCAACAGCCCGCGAGGGCCUGAAUCCUCCCGGCACGUGUGUCCUGGGCCUGGAAGUGGACCCUCCCGUGCCUCCUGAGCCGCCGGAUGAGACAGCAGCCCCGGCUGACACCCUGUGGCUGCCUCAGGGACACCAAGCUGCGUUCAAUUCCUUACCUUCAGAAGCUCUGAGGUAA